CCGUCAGCGAGGCCAUGCCGUUUUAUUGAAGUCAAAGGACUUAAUUAUGAUCGCAUUGCCCGGUGGCGCGAUGUAUGAAUGACCCAUGGAUGAAUCAUGAUUUUGACAACGAAAAACAGGACAUGUAAGUCCCAACUGUGGCAUUGCUGCGGAGAUCUUCGCGGGCGCUGUCGAUGUCGCGCCGCAUCCCAUGAAUGAGUAAUCAACUUAUGCUUAAAUUGGUGGCAAUUUGUAUGCUCAGUGUUGCCUCGUGGCAUUUUAGAAAUCGAGUGUGUUGCUCAAAGUAGUUUGCACUAAAUAAAUUAAUCAUUUUCAACGUGCAGCGCACUACCAAUUCAAGAAAAGCUGCCUCCUUUAGAAUUUAAUGUGUGGAACUGGGCUUGUAUUGGUACUGAAUAUAAAGGUUCAAACAUUUUGGUAAGCAUGUUUGUUAUCUUACCAGCACAUCGUUUCUUUUAAUUGGAAAUAAAAUCGUGGAGUUUAGCAUCAUCGUUUUUUGAAAUAUUUAUUGUCUCACUUCCGAAAAUUGCAUAAGCUUUUCUUACAUUUUUACCAUGCUAGUUCUCAAACCAUCCAGCCUCUGUUUUACAUACAGUUACGCUCUAUAGUCUGUUCUCUUCUGUAAAUCAGUUUCCCAAAACCAUUUUGUUCGAUGGGAAUAAACCACCUUGUGGGUGACAAUAUGGCGACGAGUUGUCAUGUUUUCUAACCGAAAUCCACGUUUUGCAUCUCAGUUGAAAGAACCUUUGUUUCAGAUCAUGUCUGAACAAGAAGAAAUGUGUAGGCAUAUAACAUGUACUUCUUAAUCUUAGGUUGUAUUCCUCUGCCACAGUUUAGACUUGGUACCGUGUACAUGUAUUCCUAGUUCACUUUUUUGCCGUCGAGUUGGUGGCGUUGUGUGGACUGGGCCCGUUGAAGGAUUGAUUCGAGUCUACCCGAAGCUCCCUUGAGGCGGGCCGCGUUGUUGGGCGAGUCAAGACACGAAUGCCGAGCUGCCUAAUAACUUGUUGGGGGGAACAAUGCCAGUUGAAAGUCGCAAAAUAAUGAGGAAGGCCCAUGUGAUCUUGUUAAUGUGCCGUAUCUCGAAAUGGAGAUGUCGGGGAGGUUAAUGAAUACGUGAACGUCCACUUAUCAAAUGCGCCCCGGGCUCCACUUUUUACAUUCAAAAGACUCAAGAUGAGCGGUUUAGAGUUAUUGUCAUGCAAGAUGCAUCGACUCUUCGUCGAGCUGUCGAAAAGAGAAGUCGCGAAAGAAUAGGCCACAGCUUAAAGGAACUGAAGCGACUCCUUCCAAACUUCAAGCAGCAUGGAUCUAAGACGGGCGAGCAGAUAGACCUGUUACAGUCGGCGGUGGACUACCUCAAGUCUGUCCAAACCUCGUCCUCUGUGGAUCAGCUAUCCUGGUCGACAGAUUCGGCUAAGUCGACUCCAUCGUUGGGGGAGGGGCCACUACCAAGCCUUUUCAACCCGCCUCUCGCUCCCGUGGACGCCAUGAUGGACGGGUACCAAGACUGCAUGGAGGAGACCAUCCGCUACCUGGUGCAGGUCGAAGGGUUCCCUCCCAACCACGACAUCAUCAUCCGCCUGAGGGCGCACUUGAUCCAGUCCCAGAGCAAGCUGGACUUGAACAACCAGCUACGGACCAGUCAGGCGCGGCUGACCCUCGACCAGUAUUAUGAUCUGCAGCAGCAACAGCAGCAGCAACGCCAACACCAUCAUCACCGAGCGGGGCAGCAGUUCGCGGCCGCUGGCUCGACUCAAACCUCCCCCCAGCUCGCCCACACUAACGCCUGCGCUGCCUACCCGCCCGGGUCGGCCCUGCUGGCCCGCAACGGCACCCCCGCCCAGGAGGCCCUGCACUCCAAGACUGCACCGGGCCAGGCGAGCCUGUCGCAGCUCCCGCUCGGCGUGAUGACCCCCCUGACGGUGGACACCAAUCAGUAUUACGCUAUGCCCUCCCCGCUGGCCCACUGCCUGUCGGAGGGCGCCCUCGCCCGGCAGGGCUCCGCCGAGCCCCUGCUGACCAUCGCUAGAACUCUGCCCACGAACUCGGGAGCGGCGUUCAGUGCCCGUGGCGGUGGGCCCACAGCCGUCACGUGCAGCAACAGUACCGCGGGCAGAACUGCGCCUAGGGGUGGGACAAACCCCAGGACAGAGCAGCGCCUAAGUGUUCAGAGUAUAGCGCCCUCUGUGGCCAGCAACGUAUCUGGGUCACACCUCGGGUUCAACUUGAACUACGAUGCCCCCUAUCUCGUUGCCUUUGUCCGACCAGCAGCUCAGUAAUUUUUACCGACGAGGAACCGCUUUGUAUUCUCCCUGACGAAUUUACCUCAGAUAGAUUGACUUUGUGUUGUUAUAAUUAUCAUAACAGUAAUACAUGUAGGAGAUCAAGCAGUAAGAUUAACCGGAGUAGGUAGGGGUGUCAAUCCUG